AUAUUCCAAAAUAGUAAAUCCUAGAUAACAUCAUUUUAUUAUUAUUAUUUUCCAAAUCUAAAAGCCUUAAAUAUCCAUACUACCAAGCACGAGGCAGACCAACAACCGAGACUGGCGCGUCAUCCAACGAUCCAGAUUUAAAGCAACGAGAGAAAAGCCCUUUAUUUAAGCGCGUCUCGCGCAGCGACAAAAGCAAAAUGGUCUAUCAGUUUCAAGCGUGAAGGCGAAGGGGCAGAUCUUUGUUUGUCGUUGAUUUUGGACAGCUCCGGCAGCGAAAAUGGGCGCUCUGGAUCACCUUUCGAAUAUCUUCGAUUGUUCCAGCGGGAGUUCCAAGCUCAAGAAACGCAAGCAGUUGCAGACGGUGGAAAUAAAGGUGAAGAUAGACUGCGACGGAUGUGAGAGGAAGGUGAGGAGAGCGGUGGAGGGAAUGAAAGGCGUGAGCUCGGUGGACGUGGAUCGGAAGCAGCAUAAGCUGACGGUGGUGGGAUACGUGGAUCCGGCGAAGGUGGUGGCGCGGGUGGCUCACCGGACGGGGAAGAAGGCGGAGCUGUGGCCCUACGUUCCCUACGACGUGGUGGCGCACCCCUACGCGCCGGGGGUGUACGAUAGAAAAGCCCCCGCCGGGUACGUGCGCUAUUCGGAUGACCCGCAGGUGUCACAACUGGCACGUGCCAGCUCCACCGAAGUCCGCUACACCACGGCCUUCAGUGACGAAAACGCUGCCGCUUGUGCCGUCAUGUGAAUCUUUUUUGCUGGUUAAUUAAUCGCAUGGCUUUCUCGUAUAAAUUAUUAUUAUUGUAAUAUUUGUGUGAUUGUAAUUUGUAGUGUGUUUUUAGUAGCUCUUUUUCCUAGUACCUGGGCUUUGUUUUGUUUGAUAGCGACCUCUAUCCCGCUUUGUAGCUGCAAUUCAAUGUUAUAACAAGCAGGAGGAAUCAUUUCUGGAAAAAGGUUUCGCCUUUUUGUUCCUCUGCUUUGCUCA